AUGGGGAUCAAGCUCCAAAUUCAGACUUCAGCACUGUACUUCAGAUGUCAAGAACCUGGCCUCCAAGACCAAUUGGAUGGUUUGGAAAUUAUUCCCUUUGGUAGAGAAGGAGAUAAAAUAAGAGGUAGACUGUUCAGUCACAUUGUGGCAUCAGUUGUGAUUAUUCUUACUGCCCAAAUUCCUCCAUGUGAAAACGCACUCCACAUAAUGUACCAUGAGUCUCAGAGACACACGAGAGACAGAGAUGUUGCAGAGAGGCUGCAGUGUCCCUCACAACAAGACCUCAACUCCAAGAGAAAAAAAACCAGUCUGCAACCUCCGAAACCUAAAACGAACGUUAACCUAUGGGAAAUUAAACCUCCUGACUUCAGUUACAAGCUGUAUACAUCUUUGAGAUUUCCAGAAAAACCAUCAAGGACCAUCAAGGAAGAAUCAAGGAGGAAAACAAGCAAUUUUUCAGAAAUAAUGUUUCACUUGCCCAGCAUCAGGAAUCCUCCCAAGAAGGCCGUAUCUCCCAAGUUUAUAACUACAUUUCCAUGUCUGGAUUCGCAUAAAGCAAAGUUAAUGUUUGUGAAGAGUGGAAAAUAUCCCAGGGGUGUAUACCUCAAUCCAAAACCCCAUGACUUUCGACAGUACCAACCUGAUUUACCAAACUUUGUGACAACUCAUGAAAGGGACCCUUUUGGAUUAAAAUUUAAGUCACAACUCUUAAAUACAGUACAUGGGAGUCAGUUCCUGAAAGAUGAUAAACAGAAGAACACUGCGGAAAGAUUUAUCACCUACAAGCCUCGUGAAUGCACCUGGGAUUCCAAACUAAUUUUAGCAAAAGCCCCAUGGCCUAUUAAAUCUGCUUCUUACACUAGACACAGAAGACGGCGUGAUGUGUACAGUGCAUUUAUGGAUCGUGUGGAAGAAAAGUUUAUGAAGACAUGCAAGAGCAGGUGGGCUAAAAAUUUAGGAUUUGUUGUUGAAUACUUACACUAA